GGGGAGGGGGGCGGGGCUGGGGGGUUACGGCGAGGGACUUGGAGGUGCGGGGGAACUCGGAGGUCGCCACUAGGGGACUCAAGGAUGGAGAUAAUUCAUGGGUGCUCGUGGUCGCCACUGGGGACUCCGGAGCUAAGAGUGUCUCCACUGGGGAAUUCUGGGGUCAUCCUGGGGAUUUUCACGGAGGACACUACUGGGGACUCAGGGAUCACUGUGGGGAUUUAGGGGUCGUCGCAAGAGUUGCUGGGGUCACAGACUAGCACGGAGAGAAAACGUGCUAGACGAGGGUCGCCACAGGAUCUUGGGCACGUUAGGGAUGAUGUGAUGGCUGGGGAUCACCAGGGAUGCUGGAGUCUAGGCUAGGAAAACUGGAGGAUUAAAGGGAAGAUUUUGCCACCAAAACAUCCAGACCGCUGCCUUUGCAGUCUUGGAUCCCUUCGUUCCCUCUUUCCCAGUUAUUUAGCAAACUGGCUUCCAGCUUUUGAAUGCCUGCCCCUUUCCCUAGUUAAUUCGGAACCACGGUAUCAUUUAUUUAUUUAAUUGCUGGCAGUAUCAAGAGAUCUUGUUUUUCAAGUGCAAUGUUUUGGCCGCCGCCAAAGCAUGGGGGACCCUGUGGGUGGAGAAAAUGGUUCCAGCCAGUCCGCAUCCCCUCACGCUUAAAGCAGCCUGCCUAUUGUGCGCCCUUGAUUGACAAGACCACGAGGCUGAGCGCGCUCGGGAGAUUUUUUUUUUCCCCACCCCUUUAUAAAUGGCUUAAACCCUCGUUCUAGACGACUUACUGGACAUUUGGGAGACAAUUGCCUUCUUGUUCUUUGCUGGAGAACCCCGGCUCCUGGGCUGACCCGGAAUUUAAGGAGCUCCUCCCUAAGCUGCGGGAAGAUACAAGGCAGACUUGGGACCGGGUGGGAAGCCUAGGACAGGCUCUGGCUGGAGCUGGCCUUGCCUGUUGGACAGUACAGACUUGGCUUUUCUGUCUUCUGUGAUGGACUGCAGUAAUGGAUGCUCCGCGCCGUUUGCUGGAGAAAGAGGAUCAGAAGAAGUGGCGGAGACUUUUAGGGCCAAAGAUCUCAUCAUCACACCAGCCACUGUCUUAAAAGAGAAGCCGGACCCGGAUUCGCUGGUCUUUGGAGCUACGUUUACUGACCACAUGCUGACGGUGGAGUGGUCCUCUGCGUCUGGAUGGGAGAAACCUCACAUUAAGCCUUUUGGAAACUUGCCCAUACAUCCCGCUGCCUCUGUUUUGCACUACGCUGUGGAACUGUUUGAAGGCUUGAAAGCCUUUCGGGGAGUUGAUAACAAGAUCCGAUUGUUCCGGCCGGACCUCAACAUGGAUAGAAUGUGCCGAUCUGCUGUGAGGACCACGCUGCCGAUGUUUGACAAGGAGGAGCUCCUAAAGUGUAUUCUUCAGCUUCUACAGAUCGACCAAGAAUGGGUUCCCUACUCCACCUCUGCCAGCCUCUACAUCCGCCCCACAUUUAUCGGAACUGAGCCAUCUCUUGGCGUCAAGAAGCCUUCCAAAGCCCUACUCUUUGUGAUCCUGAGCCCCGUGGGACCUUAUUUUUCUAGUGGAUCUUUUACUCCGGUGUCCCUGUGGGCCAAUCCAAAGUACAUCAGAGCCUGGAAAGGUGGGACUGGAGACUGCAAGAUGGGCGGCAAUUAUGGAGCCUCCCUUCUGGCACAGUGCGAGGCCGUGGAGAAUGGCUGUCAGCAGGUCCUGUGGCUGUACGGCAAGGACAACCAGAUAACUGAAGUAGGCACAAUGAAUCUUUUCCUCUACUGGAUAAACGAAGACGGAGAAGAGGAGCUGGCAACGCCCCCACUAGAUGGCAUCAUUCUCCCAGGAGUGACCAGGCAGAGCAUCCUGGAGCUGGCACAACAGUGGGGUGAGUUUAAGGUAUGUGAGAGACACCUCACCAUGGAUGACCUGGCCACCGCCCUUGAGGGGAACAGAGUGAAGGAGAUGUUCGGCUCAGGGACAGCCUGCGUUGUCUGCCCAGUCUCUGAUAUUCUGUACAAGGGCCAGAUGCUGCAUAUUCCAACGAUGGAGAAUGGCCCCAAGCUUGCAAGUCGAAUCCUGGGAAAGCUGACUGAUAUCCAGUAUGGAAGGGUGGAGAGUGACUGGACAAUCGAGCUACCCUGACGGCAAAGCUCAGGGUAUCGGUGACGGUGCCACAGAAGAGCGACUCCUGCCCUCGAGCUGGGACCACCUGUGACCAUCUAGUCUUGCACAUUGUAGUCGCGUUCCUCAUGUGUUACCAAAUGAGGUUUUUUUCCUUGAGCCACAGAAAGUUGCCAGUGUUCAAUGCCACCUAUAUACAUGGUAGCAAUUGCUUACUGUAGUCUCCCUCACCCUGUACCAGAUCCUUAGUAGGAGAAUGGGUUCCCAAACCAAUAAGAUGUCUAUGUGCUGGAAGGGCUACUGAGGAAAUGUCACAGGCGGCCUCCCUGUGACUCAUGGGCACUCUCAGAGCAGGACACUUUGUUUCUUUUGCUGGUGAGGUUCUUUUGUUUUUUGUUUUGGUUGUUUUUUUUUUGUUUGUUUGUUUCUAAUUGGGGCAGAUUUGGGCUCCCCAUGCAGCCCUGCUGGCCUGGUGUUCCCUAAUGUUCACCCCGGCUGGUCUCAGACUCAGAGCAGCCUUCCCGUCUCCCUCAGCCUUCUGGAUGCUGGGGUGAUUGACAGGCGUCCUACCAUGAUUUGUUUUUGUUUUUUAAUCAAAAGUUCGGUCACCUGGAUUUCUUUUCUCCGUUGGUCCCUGGGUCCACGCUAAGGUGACUGUCCCUUCUUCGUAUCACGGUCUGCACUAAUCUCACCCAAGGUGUCUGAGGCUGGUUGUCCGCACUGCCCUUUUUACGUAACUAUAACUGGCUGCUCACUGCGCUGCUAUGAGACUAGGGGUCCUGUGCCUUCUAGAUCUUUGCAUCCUCAAAGCCCAGCACAUAGUAGGUAUUUUCAGUACAUGUUUACUCUAAGAAUGAACAUAGAAGUGUACUUUCUGUCUCUCCAUGCUGAAACCCUUUCGGAAGCCAGGCCUGAUUUGGGCAGCAUGUAGCAGUAUUUACCUCAGGCUGUCUUUCCUGUCCAUGGACUCCUCCAGACAGCACAGUCAGUUGGAAGAAUUGUCUUAUGUUUUAAGAUUAUCUUGGAAUUGAAGCGAUUGCCCUGGAAAGAUGAAAUACUAACCACAUGGAAGUGACAGAUACUAUACAUUAUGUGUUAAAUGCCAAAUAAAGGGUCAGGUUGGGAGAUAAACUCUGGAUUUGAAUCUUAAUCUACACUUUGAACCCUUCUCUUGAAGGAGCAUUGACGAAGCGCCUGGCUAGUAACAGACACUAAUUCCAGACCAUGUUCUCCUUGGUUAGGAACUGUGAGUGAAAAGUUCUCUCAUGGCCCAGCUUAUCCAGGAGAAAGUCAGGUCUUGAUAGAAAGCCUCGGAAGGUCGACACUCAGCCAUGGUACAUGGUUUCCUGGUUUCCAUAGCUUUCAGCUUACUGAUGGAACUUGGGUCUCUUCAGAGCCUCAGGGGGAAGGGCUUUAUAAAAACUCCACCCAUUAGAGACAGUCCUUAAGACAUUUAACAUUUAACCAUACACACACAGCACUUAAGUUCCAUUCCAGUUGUUUAUCUGUCUGGCUUUUUAGACAGAAACAGUAAAAAAUUGGAGAAGGCCAUGACUGGAGAUGGGGCCUUUUCUUUGGUGACUGGUCUUGGGCGAGGGUGUCUUUGAGCUGAGCGUCUCUAUCCUUCCCUGUUCAGGAUCCUUCCUGCAGGUGCUCAUGAGAUAGUAGCAUCGUGAGAUGCUCUUUGGCUUUCCUCUACCCUUUGACUUCAUCUUUACGUCUAGGAUAGACAGCAGGUGUCGUAGCCAUCAGGUAGCACAGAAUGACCAAACUGAGUCUGGAGAGAAGGGAGGUGUCUUGUCUCUCCUGAGUCCACUUAAGACUUUACGCCUUUAAAUUAAGAGUGGCCCAUGUGAUGGUCGGGAACAUGGGCCAUGGCCUCGUAAAUCAAAACCUGUUAAGCCUUCCAUCAGGCUCAGUUAAAAUGGAAGGAAGGAAGGAAGGAAGGAAGGACGGAUGGACACAUGGGUUUUAAAAACCAGAGGCCUGAUACAGAGCACGGUCUGCCAUCCUUACUGAUAACAGACUAUGAAACUGACCUUUGCAAUGGCUUCUUUAUGGGGAUCAAAGGAACAUCUGUAAUUCCUUUUCCCUGUUCAUUAUUUGUUUAAUUGCAGGGGCGUAAUGCAGCAUGAGGGUUGAAAUUGUAUCCGGGCAAUUACCCAUUCUUCAAGACUCACUAUCCCAACACUAAUUGAUCGUUUAAGGCACAAGACAGUAGAGCAUUAGGACCAUGUAAAGCUAAUCUGCUGGGCACCAUCAACAAAUUAAUAUUAUUGCUGAUAUUUGCAUAAUUCACUGCAAUUAUUUAAUGUUUAAUCAGGAUGUGCAGAUGAGACUCCCCGGGUCACACGGGAGUGGGUGUAACCGGGACUAAACAGGCCUGGAAGCUCACGAGGAUUCUCUUAUUUUGUAUAGCUCCAUCUUUUCACAAACAAGCCAGAUUUCCUCAGAACACAUGAGAUACCCAGGAGUUCAGGAGUAGAGCAAACCUGAGCCUUGGCUAAUGUGGCUUGCCGAUGCAAUGUGGUUGUUAGAGUUACUUAUGGAGGACUCUAUUAAGGGUGCUAAAGAAUGGAUAAAUGAGCGAUAGCUGGCAGCCUAUGUUUGAAAAAAUUCAAAGAAGUGACUGAGAAACUUUGUUAGGGAGCUAUGGUUUUUCCUGAUGUAAAAAGAAAGCUUUAAAGGGGCUUGGGAGAAGGCUCAGUGGUAAGAGCACUUGCUACUCUGGUAGCCACCCUAUAGUUCGCUUUCUUGAACCCACCUAGUAGCUCACAACUAUCUUAAUUCCAGUUCCAGAGUAUUUGACAGAGUAAAGGUCCUCUUCUGACCUUUAGGGGGAGCUACAUGCAUGUGAUGUGAUGGGAAGACACACUGCUUCCACCACUUGUAUGUAAAGUCUUCUUACAAGAGAAACAAGCUCUGCGGUGAUGUGUCUGCUCUGUGAAGAGGUAGAGAGCCUAUCUCAGUCACACUGGGAUACAAUCCUCUUUGUAUCAUUUUGUUACUUGUUGCUUGGUAAUAAUGUAGCUGAAGACAUCAUCUUGCGGGGCUGAGCGCUCCUGGGCUCCUGGUGACAGCUUUGAGCAUGAUGUAGGGAAGACUUUGUUUUAAUUUGGCACUUUCACUUUAAGGGAACUAGUUGAAGUAUGAAGCUGUCUGUAUAACCGUUUUCUUUGCCUUCCUGACUCUGUGCUCUACACAGAGUCCUCUGUCCUUAUAAAAUUAUGUUGUUCAGUUUAAAACUUGUGACUGAGACAGAAAGUCUCUUGGCAGACAACGGUUGCUUGUUUCCAUUGGAUGGUACUUUCUAAACCAUUUAGAGGAUUACCAUUGGUCACAUCAAAGCUAAGGACUAUGGGAAAUAAUGUGUUUCACGUCUGGACCCAAAUAAGGUCAAUGAACCCUUUCUUUUGAGUAUUUAGCUGUUGUAGUUGCAAAUAGUGGUGCCUGUGAGUGGUUUCAUGGACAUGCGGUAGCAACUGCCAUUUUAUUUUGUCACAGGAAGAAUUUGUUCAGCUUUCUAGGUUCCACAUAUCUCUGUCCCCAAAGAGGCAAAGGGUUUCAGAUUUUUCAUGUUGUAUGUUACUGGGCAGAGGCCACCGGAUUAGGGUUGGUUUGGUAUACACUGAUUGUGCAUGCACACAUGCAUCUCGCUCAGCCAACAGUGGGAUAGCAUGUUCACAUAGAACAUAAGUAGCGGAUAACGAUUACCUCGCGCGGAGAGUGUGGGCUGAUAACUUGAACUAACUUUAGACAUAAAAGUGAUGUUUAAUAGAUACCUAGGAGGAACAGAGAAAGCACAGCUCUCAGCCGUCCAUCACAGUUCUCCUCAGCCUGUAUAAGGAAAUCCUUGCUGGUUCUCUUCUUUUCUGCUGCUUGGGAGAUUAGAACAGAGGUCUUUUCACACUCAAGUCUGUGGAUUCUCACCAGGCUCCUAUCACUUGCCCAGCAUGUCUGUCAUCUACACUUUUAUUUGUAACAAAGUAUACAAAUACACUUGAAUUUGUAUCCUGUAUCUGAAACAGUUUUGAAUUCUCAGCUGCAUCUGACACAGCUGCACUCUGCCACCGGGCUGCAUCUCUCUCUUCACUUUUUAUUUGGUUAAAUCAUCUCACUUUUGAUGACCAAAUUUGCAUACUCUGUAACCUAGGCUGGCCUUAGAUUCUCGAUUUUCUUGCCUCAGUUUCCCAAAUAGCUGGAGUGAUGGGCACCAGGUCCAAUUUCAGUUUGAGGAUUUGAAUAUAAAAACAAAAGCCAUUUAAGAUAUUACAAAGAGGUUUUCCUCCCCCUUUUCCAUUUUCUCCUCUUCCUCUUCCUCUUCCUCUUCUUCUUCCUCUUCCUCCUCCUCCUCCUCCUUGUCCUCCUCGUCCUCCUCCUGUUCUUGUUAAAGUUCCUUUCAAAGGCCCAGGUAGAAUCAAGAACCUUUCUUCAUCAGUGUGUUCUGGGCUGUGUAAUUUGGAAAGGUUGAUAUAGAAGCUCAUUAAGACCGUGGUAGCAUUCGUGGGUAAUAAUUCCACGAAGUGCCAGUGGAUCAUACUUGCUCUAAUAAGUGACAAGAACUUGAGAUUUUGGCCACAUCUUUAAUCCCAGCGCUUAGGAGGCAGACACAGGUGGGUCUCUGAAUGUGAGGCCAGCCUGGACUACAUAAUGAGAUCUAGGCUAGCCAGACAGGGCUGCACAGGGAGAUCCAGGUUUUUUUCAGAGAGAGUAAAAAAGAAAGCAAGCAUGAAGUUCGUCAUAGAGACAAAGUGUGCUUUAGAACUGCUGGGUGUGAGUUUUGAGAUUUCAUGUGCCCGAAGAUGUCCUUUUCAUACGAUGACGAGUCUGAUGUGGGAGCUUUUAAACACCAGGGAUACAAUGUUCAGUUCACAUCAUGCACUGAGAUCCCAAGAGCUAAUGGAAACCGGGGCUGGGAGUGAGUUAAAGUCUAGUACACUGACAGACAUCUGCAUGGCCAUGUGGUGAAGACCCAGGGCACCUGUCACUGAAUGAACACAAGAGAAGGACAAAUGGAGGUGGUGAAGAGAGAAGGGACAGUCUAUCUUUGGGUGUGAACUAUUCAUGUUUUUUGCAGAGGCCUCCUUUUUCUGCCAGGUCCUGGGACCUUCAGCCUUCAAAGUCAGGGCCAAGUACAGUUAGUGUUGCCAGUGAGCCAGCCCAGUGGCCUGUCUUGCUAGAGUUAAACUUUGAGUUUAUAUUCCUGGUGCAUAGAGGUUCUUUACUCCUAACGUCCAGUAUGGAAAAGCACCAUGGUGUGUAAGCUCUGUUGUGUCUAGUCUUUAGUCAUUUCAUUCUCAGAUACAGAAAGCCCCGAAGCCAAAUAAUUAGCGAUAUGUAGUCUGUCUUUUCCUUCCUCCAGAGAAUUGUACACCACUACUCCCAUUUCUGGAUGAAGGGCAACAGAUUUGGAAAUUAUGUGGCUUACAACUAAGAUGUGUGCCGUGCCAUGUGGUUGUUCCCUCUGGCUGGUUUCAGAAGGCUGUGAAAAUCUUCCCAAGGGGUGGGGAUGAGAUGGAGAUAUAUCUCUUCAGACCCCAGGGCUCUGGCACCUUUCCCAGGAACACCGAUGAGACUUCUUUCAUUUCUCCAGAGAUUUGAAUCAGGUUCCAAAAAGCUAGUGGGCUGAAUCACUAGCACGUGGGAGGAUGAGGCAGGAUGAUAGUUGUGAGUCUUAGGCUAGCCUGAGCUACACACUGAGUUCUAGUAUAACUUGGACUACUGACAGACACCCUCUUUCUAACAUAAUGAAUGAGCUCCAAACACUAAGACAGUUGAAGCAGGAGGCUGCAAAUUCAACCUUCGGUUUCAGUAGCGUAGCAAGAUGGUCUCAAGAUUAAACUUGUGGGUUUGCACACACCUGCACACCUGCAGAUCUUCUCUGGUUGAUGUCCAGUAGGGAACGCUCCAACAGCAUGUCUACGGCUACCGCACAGAGGAAGCCUGAACGACACAGGUAUAGGAUCUGUGCCCUUUGACUUGGUGGCUGAGAACAGAUAUGUACCGCAAGUUUCAACCUCAGAGAUUACAGGUGGGGUCAGAGUCAGCUGAACGACAGAGUCUUAGCCAUCUCUCCUGCAUCAGCAUUGGGUAAAGCCAUGCCAUCACAAGGCUCCACUUCCUUGGUCAUUAAGUAGACAGACAGAUGCUGUGCACAGGCCUGGCUUUCGGGGAAGGUCUUGGAGGGCUUUAGAGAAGUGCAGAGUAAGGAGAGUGGCGUGGGAGUUCACUGGGUAUGGGAAACUACCUCAUUCUCCCAAAGGUUCGUAGAAGCACAGUUAAGUAUGGAAAGUGGCUUCCUUGCACCACAGACGUCUCACGUGAAGCCCUGCUAGUGUUAAGGACCCACAGUGGUGGUGUUCUGCGGGCAAUCGACACAUUCCUCACUGUUGGCAGGUUCUGCAGAUUAUGUCCACCUUUCUGUUGCCAAUAAAACAACUGAAAACGUA